AUGCGUUUCUCUACCAUUGCCGUCGCCGCCGCGGCCACUGCCGUCAACGCCCAGCGUCCCAUGGACAUGCCCAUCUGCGACUACUACACCACGGCUCUCCUCAAGAACAACACUGCCGAGAACCAGGCCACUCUCCUGACCCUCCUCGUCAACACCGUCGUCAUUGGCAAUUACACCAUGCCCAAUGUCGGCGUCUCUGUUCCCGGUAUCCUCAAAGAAGGCGAGGUGGACGGUACCAAGGUCAACCUGGCUCCUUACUUCAACGGCGGUCUUGCCUCUACCAACCGCAACAAUAAGGCUACCUGCGUCAACUUCCUCGACGGCGGCGGUGCCGAGCCUCUGAUGAAGAACAUGCCCGCCAACAACGACAAGUCCAACCAGCACUUCCUCCUCACCCAUCUGUACCAGUUUUUCGGCACCCUGCUCGGCUGCUCCAAGCAGGGCAUGUCCGGCUUCGACGCCUACAUGGGCAGCCCAUCCAUGUACAAGGUGCACAAAUUCAUGAACCUGGGCAAGGCCGAGAUGGACUACUUUAUUGGGCAGGUCGGCAUGGCCGCCGCCUCCUUUGGCGCCGACCAGGCUGACAUUGCCGUCGUCGCAAAGGCCCUCGACAACACCUUCAACAUGCGCUGCAGCGCCCCCGCCGAGGUUAUCAAGGGCGAGGGUCCCCAGGCCCAGGCCAUCUGCAUCCAGCAGGACUGUUCCGAGGCCGAGAAUGCACAGUGCGACGCCUACGAAGAGGCCGUGGCCCCCGGCAAGUGCUCCAUGAUGCCCACCGGUACUGGCGGCAUGAUGCCAACCGGUACGGGGAGUAUGAUGCCUACCAUGACCGGCUCCAUGACUGGAUCCAUGACCGGCUCCGCGACCGACUCCGCAACCGACUCUCCGACCAGCACCAACCCUACAGCUACCGCUCCUCCUACAACCGGUGCCGGUAAUGUCAACAGCUUCGGCCUCGCUGCCGUUAUUGCCGCCGCCGCUGCUUACGCUCUGUAA